CCACACGACCGCAGUUCUAAACCAGACCGCAGCGUGUGUGUGCGCCGUUCCGUUUACUGUCCUUGCUCUCACCUUUACUGGCCGCUGGGCUUGUCCAUCGACUUUGCCCGUAUAUAUAGUGCACCCAAUGAUUAUAAAAGUUUCCAUUCACUUUAAAACCUCGAGAGAGGAUGCGUGUCUCUUCCACAAAGAAUACGGACUCGCAAGUGAUUUUUGCCAUUUCAUAGUUCUGUGAAAAUAAAUCUAUUCCACGGCGGUUCAUCUGCUUUGUGUUAGUUUAUCUCCCUUGCAGAGCUGUUCGUUUGUUUAUUUUUUUUUUCACUAGCGCUGUUGGGUUCAUCAGGUACGCGCUGACACAAUAACACAUGGUAUUACUUGAAUCAACACUGUCAUUUCAUAAACUUAGAUUGUCCGUAACUGAGCAGAGCCGCUGAUGAGUUUGCGUCAGCUGUACCGAUAUUUUGGCGAGCAAUACAACCUUUUCUACCCGAAAGUCAAGAAGUGAAGACUAAGAAGACCUUGUUCGACCUUCAAGUGAAUGUAAUCAAGAAAAAAAUUACUGAGAGCCCCUGAAUCCAACUGGGAAAUAAUGUUCAAGAGUUAUCUCAUUUACAACUGAUGCUUAACUGAAGACAGUGUCGUCGCAUCUUUCUUAUACACAAUCAUCAAGGUAGACUGGUAGAGGUAAUACGUGCAUCGGGCGAUCCAUUCAGGCCUUACAACUGUUCCAUGUAAUCCAGUACUUGUGCCCGCGAACUGCUUCCCUGUCAGCGUUAGGCUUAAAAAAAACCAGUACUUGCCGCAAGCUGCGAUUGCUAGACAACUGGAACGGUGAAAAGAGAGGUGGAAAAUUGAACAAUUUUGCUCAAUCACUGAUUAUCUCAGAUUUGAGGGGGAUUCUGUAGAAUUUCUUGGAGAAAUUGGAAAAAGGUGUAAGCGAAAGCCGAUAAAGAUUAUCUUGUACCGAACUUCUCCAUCGUUCCCUGUGAUUUGGUUGUGUUGAGAUUAGUAUGGCCCCGACUCCAACAAUGGAGAUGGACGACAGUUUCCAACAGGACUGGCAGGAUCUUAUAGCUACGCAUCCUGUCUGCAGAAUGACACGCGACACGAGUGACCCGCCAAUCGAUGCUGUGAACAUCCCCCACGUGGUGGCGAUGGUGGGGUUGCCUGCCAGAGGCAAGACCUUCAUCGCCAUGAAGCUCGCCCGCUACCUCAACUGGGCUGGCAUGCCGACCAAAGUUUUUAACGUGGGGGAUUACCGGCGCAAGGCAAUGGAACUUUUCCCUGGACACGACUUCUUCUUGACCGGCAACAGAGAAGGGACAGCCAUCCGCAACAGAGUGGCUCUUGACGCGCUUCAGGAUGUAGUAGAGUUCCUAGCGUCAGGAGGACAGGUGGGGGUGUACGAUGCUGCCAACAUCUCCCAGGAACGUCGCAAGCUUAUCCACCACAUCAUCGUCGAGCGACUCGGCUACAAGCUCUUCUUCAUCGAGUCCAUCUGCAACGAGCCUAAGAUCAUCGAGGCCAAUAUUAUGGAGAGCAAAGUAACGAACCCCGACUACAGCGACAUGGCGACCGAGGACGCCGUCAGCGACUUCCUCAAGAGGAUCGACCACUACUGCAGUCGCUACGAGACCAUCGAUGAGGAGAACGAGAAGACCUUCAGCUUCAUGAAGAUCUUCGAUGCUGGUCGGCGUGUGGUUGUUCACAAACAGGAGGGACACAUUCAGAGCAGAGUUGCUUAUUAUCUCAUGAACAUUCACAUCACACCGCGCUCCAUCUACCUCACCAGACACGGCGAGAGUGUGUUCAACCAAAUGGGGCGUAUCGGCGGUGACUCGGACCUGUCGCCCAACGGUCUGGAGUACUCCAAGGCUCUGGCCAAGUUCAUCAAGAGCCAAAACAUCCCCAACCUCAGAGUCUGGACCUCGUACAUGAAGAGGACCAUUCAGACUGCCAGCAACAUCGACGCGCCUCAGGAGCGUUGGAAAGCUCUCAAUGAAAUCGACGCAGGAAUCUGUGAGGGCCUGACUUACGAAGAAAUUCAGGAACAACUGCCUGGAGAGUUCGCUGCUCGUGACAACAAUAAAUACCAAUACAGGUAUCCCCGUGGGGAGAGCUACGAGGACGUGGUGUACAGGCUGGAGAGCGUCAUGAUGGAGCUGGAGCGCCAGGAGAACGUGCUGGUCGUCGGCCACCAGGCCGUGCUGCGCUGCGUACUGGCGUACUUCCUCGACAAGACCGGCGAGGAGCUGCCGUACCUGAAGGUUCCCCUGCACUCCAUCAUCAAGCUCACGCCCCAGGCCUACGGCUGCAAAGUCGAGCUCUUCAAGAUCCCCAUAGACUGCGUCGACACCCAUCGCUGCAAACCUCUUGUGACGCGCAAUGAUGAGGGCAAGGAAGAAUAUCUCGGCCCCGAGGAUGUGAUCCACCAGGAGAGGGUCGAAGUCACGGCCGUCCAAGGGCUUGUCAAGAAAAUGUGCGUGUCUCCUUCCAAAGAUCUUUCUUCUACCCAAGAAGAUGAUGAGGGAUGUGUCAAAACCACCAUCUACAAGAUUUACAAGUGAACUUUUCCAGUGAAGAAGUAGUAUUCACGAAUUUUACCUUCGCCAUUCACUGCAGAUGCUCGUGUUGCUUCUGACUUGCGUGCUACAGUGAUUUAUUGGAGCUUAUAUAGCUGCGAUUUGGAUUCAGGUAGUUCGUAAUUGCAUUGAGAUGAAGAUAACGGAUGAAUUAGAGCCGUGUUUGAGGUAAUCUGCCCAGGAUCACGUUAUAGAUGUUAUCGUUUCGCACAAUCCUAAGUGUACAAAGCGUUUUUAAAAGCGCUUGAGUGCCAAAACUUUUCAACACGGAAUUUUAGCUGGUAAUGAAACCAUGCCCAUCUUCGGAGGCUUGUGUGUUUACACGAAUUAACAAUUAACACCAAGCAUUGUGGGUUCACUAUGUUCGAGAUUUGGGAUCGCACGAGAAAGUGAAUAUCAUUUGUGAUCUUCUACACGAUGAUCAUACUGAAAGGAUUGUGUAUUAUAAACAGCUUGCAAUGAUAUCUUAAACUUUGAUGUUCGCAAGGAUCGAUUGGGAGUGCACGUGUGGGGCAGGUGAAGACAUUUUCCACUUUCAAUUGACCCAAUAUCAUAACGUAUACUCUGGAUUUCAUCCUGAUGUACAUUGAUAUUUGACGUGAUUGGUUAUAAUUUAGCUGUGGGCAUGAUAAAAUAUCUAUUGGCGUUCCGUGUGACAAUACGUGUGACCUCCCGUCGUGCCAAUGAUGGUCAAACAAGUCUACGGUAGCGAGGCCCCACAUUCGGAGUGUCGGAGAGAUCUUGCGCGACGAUGCAGUUUGGCGUUUUUUGUAUGGAUCCCAAUAAUUAUGUGAUUAAGUUGUGCAGCGUGCAUCAAAGAAGAAAUUACAGCAAGGUUAUAGAUAAAUUCGUAACAUUUCGUAAACUACUCUCAAUUGUAAAAUUUGGUUUUUGCCACGCCUGACACGAUGCAUAAAAAGAAUGGUAAAGAAGGGAGAGGUGCGUCAAAGAUCUCUUCCAAGGUCUUCACGUGGUUGUUAGACUCUCCAUAUUGCCGUAGUUUUGCUUAUAAUUACUUUAGGGUUUGAGUUUUAUUGCUUAAGGGUUGGGUUUGUUUAAGCUUAGGCUCGAAGAAUAUAAGAGCAUUUUAUUUUUAAUACUAAUUUCGUGCUUUGAAUCGAGGUUGUGUACUUGGUGGCUUCUGCGCUAUUUAAUGGAACAUGACUUAUAUAAAGGCCAUGUAUUGUUGAAUGCUUACAAGGAAUUUUUAAGGAAGCAACCAUACGGAUUAGUUUAUGCUUCAUUAUAAACUUAAUGUUUAUGCUUAUGCAUAGGCUGCCUGUGUGGUUAAGAUCGCCAAUUUUGGAGCCGUGAGUUGAGGGUGCGAAAUCCACAACUGUUUGAGAAAAUUGUGGGCCAACUUGGCCUAAAUCAAAACGAACAUCAUAAUAAUAGAUAUUAUCUAGAGCACACAAGAAGCUUCGGAUAAAACUGAAAAAAAUCAUUUUAGAGCAAUCCUCGGUCUACGGAUCACGCUCCCCACACUUAGUGAGAAUUAGCUUAAGCUGCGCUCCGGGCUGUUUAAUUGUUGACAGAUUAUUAAAUCUAUUUAUUAUGAAUUAUAUAAAAAUUGAAAUAUAACAUUAAUUAUGUUACAAGAUAUAACAAAAUUUUACCGUCCAGUUCCUAAAAUUUAGAAUGUUGGAAUGAAAACUUCCUAUCCUGGGACUGGUUGGAAUUGUUGGAAUUAACUGAGCAAAAUAAAAGUAUCCUGAAAUGCGUCGCAAUUGUUCAGUGCCACAGUACAAUUGCUGGUCUAGUUUGAAACAUAACAGUAAUGGACAUAGACCCUGAGAAAUGAGUUAGAUUUUGUUCAAAUAGCGAUGCACUUUUUGCAUUAUAUGGUUUCAUUUUGACCCACUUUGGUAUCAGUGCUACAUAGGCUCUCUGCCCAUGCUGUGGGUAAGGAAAUGUGUCACUAUUUAGACAAUUGAUUCAUUAAUUUCCGGAGUGUACGGGAGCAUUUAAAGUGAUGUGAAAGACAAUGUUAAACGCACAGUUUUAACCGUUAUUAUUUUCACACGUAUCAUUUAUACGGUCAUUAUCUACACUGCCCUGCGAUUGUAGUAAACAUUACUGCUUCGCAAAUCACCAGUUUGUUAUAGCUUUGAGAAUAAAUAAUUUUUGCUUCAACAUUCUUAGCUUCAAAUGCUUCGUCCCUGAUGAAUAUUUUAUCUGUUUUUGCGUGUAAUAAUUAUUUGGGUGAUAAUAACAUUCGUUUGUACAUAUUAUUAUUUUACUGCAAUUGUGGGCCGCUGCACUAUACCUUCUUCAUUCUGAUAUGCGCGAUGUCGUUACCUAACUUUUGAUUCAAUGAUGGAAAAUAACAUGAGAUGUGAAACGUUAGAACGAUUUCGACUUCUCUAGAAGAAAGUGAAGAACAUUCCUUAGUCAGCUGACGCAGCUGAAAUGUUCAGUUGCUCACGUAUGAUUAAUAGACAUAAUUAAGAAAACAAUUUUUCACAUAACUAAAUCUCCUCACAUCAAAUAAACCACGAAAUUGUGUGCGAAAUGAGUUAGAGGAAGCCUAUAAAUUAAUUAAUAUGUCGCUUCGAACUUUAUAAUUAUUUGAUAAAUGUUAUCCAAGUUUACCAAGAGCAGCUUGUUUGUUUAGCUUAAGAGGUAGCAUUGCUAUAUAAAGCUUCGCAGCGCUACUCAUGUUCUAAUGUAUUACAUUUGGAAAUAAAAUAAGAAUUUAUCGAU